GACCUCAGUGCCAUUUUUAUGACGUCACGUUAAUGUGUACAUGAGAGAAAAUUCAUUGUUUGCAGCGAUUAAAAACUUUAUUUGUGUUAUAGUUUUAGAUAUUUUCACACUAGAUUGUUAAGUGCACUCUCACAAAAUGGCAGAGGAUAACGAUAGUGGAAGAAGAUUGCGAACCAAAGAGAGAAAAAAAUAUGUUGACCAAGAGAUAGAUGAAGAUGAUAUUGAUGGCAGGCGUAUGUAUAGUGUAGAAGAGAAACUUCUGAGUGACAAAUUUAAUGCCAAUUUGGUUCAGGAAAUGAAGGGACCAGAAUUCACAAUGGAUUGGAUGCAAAGGAAUGGCCUUGUAAGACCAAUUGUUUUCUUGGACAAAACAGGCUUAGGGCUCAGAGUACCCAGUGAAAAUUUCAAAGUUAGUGAUGUCAAGCAAUGUGUUGGCAGUCGAAGGGUAUUGGAUGUGAUGGAUGUCAACACACAGAAAGCAAUGGAGAUGUCCAUGAAAGAUUGGGUGAAAUAUUAUGAGAACCCAGAGAGAGAUCGUCUCCUGAAUGUCAUAAGUCUAGAGUUUUGUCACACCCGUCUGGAAAAUUACGUUGACUCUCCAACACUAGUGCGUCAAGUUGAUUGGGUUGACAGGGCUUGGCCAAGACAUCUGAAGGAAUGUCAAACUGAAUCUACAAAUGUUAUUGAGAAAAUGAAAUACCCUAAAGUGCAAAAAUAUUGCCUGAUGAGUGUUGCUGGCUGCUAUACAGAUUUUCACAUAGAUUUUGGUGGCACAUCAGUCUGGUAUCACAUUCUCCAUGGUGAAAAGAUUUUCUGGCUGGCUCCACCUUCUCCCAAAAACAUAGACAAAUACACAGAGUGGACUCUUUCAGCUAAACAAGGAGAGACAUUUCUGGGAGACUCCUUGGAGCAGUGUCAGAGAAUAGUCUUGUAUGCUGGGAAUACUUUCAUUAUCCCCUCUGGCUGGAUCCAUGCAGUUUACACACCCAAAGAUUCUCUGGUGUUUGGAGGCAAUUUUCUGCACAGUUUCAACAUUGAGAAUCAACUGCUGGUCUCACGUAUUGAGGACAAAACAUAUGUGCCAUCCAAGUUCAGAUAUCCAUUUUUCUCUGAAAUUAUGUGGUAUGUUGUUGACCGCUACAUCAGCUGCCUGACAGGACAUACUUAUCUAGCUUCAGUUGAAAAAGAUGAAGUGGAUGAAGAUGAUCAAGGUCUUAUCCAGGUCGAUGAAGAUUCUAGGCCUCCAUCUCGCAACCCAGACUCCAGACCACCCUCUCGCACCAUGGAUGACAGUAUGGAUUCUAAGAUGAGUGGAGAAGAUGCCCCAAAGCUGUCUAAGAGUGUGACUAUUGAACUGACCCGCAUUGACCAAGCACUUAAGAGGUCUCAAAGUGAGGAUGAAAAUCAGCCCUCUGUCACAAAACCCAGGGUUCCCAGAAAGGCAGUUUCUGACUCAAACAGCUCCUGGGAAGGUGGCGGGGGCACCCGCAAGUGGGUCCACCUGACACCAACUGAGUUGCGUGGUCUUCGACAACUGGUGGACUACCUUCAGGGAUUGAUGGCAUUGCCAGUGAACAAGCGAGGGAUACCAAAAGAGCUCCUAGAUCCUGAUGCUGUUUUGAGGGAGAUAAAACAAAUUCUAGAAGAUCAUAAAAAUGAUGACCCAGAUCUAGCAGUGACUGGUGAUCCAGUCAUCGGAUGGCCAGAAUCAGCUAAAAAAAAGCAACAGAAGUUAAAGCUGGGAUAUAAAACAUUCAAAACAACUAAGACAGCAAAAGGUACAAGCUCGAGUUCUUCCUCAAUACGACGCCGCAGAACUCGGUGUAAGAAGUGUGAGGCCUGUACCAGGACUGAGUGUGGGGAAUGUACUUUCUGUAAAGAUAUGAAAAAGUUUGGUGGGCCUGGACGCAUGAAACAAACAUGUAUUAGUAGGCAGUGUAUGGCACCAAUUUUGCCCAGUUCAUCAGUGUGUGUGAUAUGUAAUCAAGAAGGUCAGCCCAACCCGGAUGAUUCAGAAGAUUUUUCUUGCUCGCUAAUGGAGUGUGGCAUUUGCUGGGAGAUUGUCCAUCCAUCUUGUUUACAGAAAAAAUAUGAAAACUUGGACAAUGAAGGUGUUGUGAAUGAAGAUCUACCCAAUAGCUGGGAAUGUUCUAAAUGCUGUAAUGAAGGCAAACAAGGUCAACUUAAGCCUCGUGUGCGUCCAGGAUGCACUAAAAAAAUCAAAGUUGAGGAGCGCCGACUGUCUGCUGACAGUGAUGGACUGCAGGAUGAUGAGCCCAUGUCUCCCAUCAGCCCUGUGGAAGGCAAACGGGUUGUCUCCAAGGAAGGCCACAAGAAUGGUUCUAGCGAUGGUCAGUACAUUAAAACAGAACCUGGUGCCACUAAGUGGACACCACUUUCCAAGAAAAUAUCUUUACCUGAUGUGAAAGUGAAAACAGAAGAAGGAGUUUCACCACCCCAGCAUGCUUUCACAUCGUCUGGCAAAGAAGAUGGACAUAAGAAAAAAACUCAGUCUCAUUCUUCAGUUAAAGAUCAGAAGAAAAUUAAAAAAGAGAAGAUCUCUGCCCCUAAUUCACCCACAAGUUCUGACAGCUCUACUCGGCACCAGCGAAAACGCCCCUCAUCUAUGCCAGGGAGCAGUGGAGACAAGACAUCUUCCUCCUCUCAGAGUGAGCCUGGAGGCAAGAGGCCCAAAAGAGAGGGUCCUGCGUGUGUGAUGGGUGAAGGAACUAUGGAUUUUCAAGACAGCCUUCUAAAGCAACCUGAAGAACUCCAUGGUGCAUCUCCUAGUGGUAGUGGUGUUAGCUGCUAUAAGAAGUCAAAGAUGAAGCAAGGAGUGUUUGAAUCAUUUGAUGCUAUCGCAGCAGCCUCACCAUUUUCUUCCUUUUCAUCCUUAUCUUCACCAGCUUCAUCACAGGCAGCCAUCGGCAUGCAAGGUGCUAUGCCACCACUGUCUUCUUGUGCUGCUGGUCAGACACCAGCAAGUGAACUUCCCUCUGGUCAGAAAGACGAAAGUAAAAAUGGCCUUCAAGACUGUGGUGGGGAUCAGGUACCUCGUGUCUCUGCUGAGAAACUACACUGGGGCACGGACUAUGCCCCCAAAGUUCCUUUAAAGAACUAUGUCAUUCGCCCUGCUCCUCAGACAAAUAUUCCAGAAUUCGUAACCAUGGCUGACAAUACUCCUCAUCCACUCCCACACGCAAUUUGGACCUUGAUCUUCCAUUACCUCCCUCAAUCUGACCUUGUUAAACUAUCAUCUGUUUGUCGGACUUUUGAUUGCUGGGCCCUAGACCCAACUCUUUGGUAUCAGAUCAAUCUUUCUCGUAAAAGCAUCAAACAAGUGCAUCUUAAAGGUGUCAUGCUUCGCCAGCCAAGAUCCCUAAAAUUGGCAUCAUCUGUUAUUUCCUAUGCCCAACUAUCGUGGCUCAUCGCUCGGUUGCCUGGUCUACGCCAUUUGGAUUUAUCCAACCUGUCUUGGGCUUCAAUUUGUGCUCUGUGCUCAUCUGAUUGUCCACUUCUUCGUUCGCUCAACCUCAGCUGGGCUACGGGUAUCAGAGAUUUAUGCUUCAGAGAGCUGGCUUCACCUCCAAUCAACCUCAAGCCUGGGCAGCGAAACAUCUCCCGCCUCUCCUGUCUAGAGAGACUCAGUCUCACAGGGACAGACAUCAAUGACCAGAGUCUGGAGGUCAUUGCAACGCACCUCCCAAAACUGAUGGCUCUUGACCUGACUUGCUGCAUGCGGGUUACUGACCGGGGCAUCAAAGCUCUAGUCCAGUUAGGCGCACCAUGCCACCUAAGGGAGAUAAAACUAGUCAAGUGUGUGCAACUAACUGAGCGCUGCUUAGAAUCUUUGGCCAGUUGCAGGGACCUUAGUUUUUUGGCUCUGACAGACAUACCAGCAAUUACUCAGGAAGCUUGUAUGAGGUUUUCUAGAAAUUACAAGUACAGAACACUCAGAGCACAUGCACAGGGCAUCAUUAGUGUUUAAACAAAUAUACGCUCAUCACAAUGUUGGGAUGGCGUUAUUGACCAUUUGUCAAGCAUCAGGGAAACACAGGGCCUACAGUGGAAAGGAUCUGUAAUACUUUUUUUUUUCAACAAUCUUGCUUUUACAUAGCACAGUUAAUGUUUGUGGUGACCCUAGAUUAUUUGAUUGUGUCACAGACAGAACAUGUAUGUGUUUUUUUUCACAAGAUGAUAAAUAAAACUUGUGGACUAAAAAUUUUUAUUAUUGAAUAUAUUUCGUACCGUUUGGUUGAAUGCAUUGCAUUGCAUUGAAUAUGCUGUUAAUUUUUUAGAUAUCAUUUAAAAUUAUUUUUUUUUGUAUAGAACAUUUAUCAAUAAUAGUCUUGCAAAACAAAUGGUUACAUGCUGUGUAUAUUCUAGAAUUGGAAAAAAAAAAAAAAAAUUCUGGAAAUGUAUUUUCAGAUGGUUAUUUAUGUGUCCUAUGCAUUUGAUGGUUAGCUUCAGACUUUCAGAGCGACACGCUGAAGAAGUAAAAUUUUAAUUCCUUUUGAUAUAAAUGAAAAAUUAUGUAACAAAAUGGGUGACACCUGAAACUGUAGAUUAAUUCUGUUGAGAGUCAUAAGUUGUUUUUCUUUUAUGAUUUUACAUUUGCUAUCUUUUAUUGACUCCAUUUCUUUUGUAUGUGCCCCUUUUUCCUUAACUUUUGGGUCCCUUGUCUACCAUUCAUUGCAUUAGAUUUCACUCAAUUUGAACCUUAAUCAUUUGGAAGCUGAUUUUAAGAAAAACCAGUUUCAGUUAUCUGGGGAUUAAAAUCACUCUUUUUAGAUAAUUUCAUUAGGCCUUUAUAAUCACUAUGCUUUCGGGUGAUUUCAUUUCAUUUUUAAAAUCAGUUUUCAGGUAAUUUAAUUUGAACUUAAUGUAAUCCAGUGAUUACAUUUGAGCUUUACAAUCACUAUGUUUUCAGGUAAUUUCUUUCAACCUUUAGAAUCACCAUGUUUUCUGGUAAUGUCUUUUGACGUUUAGAAUGAUCUAGUUGACCUUAAGUAGUGUCUAAUUUUGUUUUCCAUCUUUAUUCAACUGAGGCUCAACUAUUGACACUAUAUGAAAUUAUGCAUUUGUGGAGAUGAUACUGUUCAAGUGUAUGUGGAAUAGUCAUGUUCAUCUCAAAAUAAAUAUUGAUACCUACUAUCAUUCACUGACUGCAUGCAUCAACCUUGGGGUUGCAAAUGUAUACAAUAUUGGUGUGCCCAGCCUUUAUUGGUUUCAAUGUCUUAUAGCUUGUGGGCUGUAGGUUGAGCCUCACUGGUCAAAACUCAUUACUUUUUUGUACACUGUUGUAGUUGAUAUUUAAAUGUAAUUAUUUAUCUAUAUUAUGCUUAAAAUCAAUUUACAAGAUUAGGUUUUGAUUGAUUUUAUUUUUAUUUGCAGUUUUUUUUUAAUAAUGAAAACAAAUUUCAUAUGCAAACAAAAUAUGUCAAGCUGGAGCUUAGUAGUCUCCCCUAUUCAAUGUUUGUCCUGGUAUAAGAUGAUUUGGAGUGUUCAUCUUUAGACCUGGUUAAAGACACAUUGAUUGUGUGGUUGUGAUGCCCUUGCUCUCUCAUUCUCUAGAAACACCUCAUUGGUCCAAAUUUUUACACUUUUUUUGUGGUUGAAAUUUUCAUUUCUAUUACCAUAUAGAUUCAAAUUUUCACAAUUAAAAAGUUCUUUUUUUUUUAAAAUCCUGUUUGUAUAUAAAGAAAUAUUGUUUUUCACAUUCGUUUCUGUUUUGUAAUAAAAAAAUUUUGAAACAUAGGUUCACAUUUUGGGUUUGGAAUUUCUUUGUGUGUGUGUGUUUUUUUUUUCCUUGCUUCUAUUUUUUGUGAGUUAAUGUGAAAUAAAUGAUUUUAAAUUUGUAAUUGUACUAUUCAACUUAAUCAUUUUUAGAAAUGAGUGCACAUUAAAUACUGCUUUCUGGUACUUGGAUAAAAAAUGAUAGCUUGGAGUAGAGUUAACAAAACAUGUCGCUGAAGAACCUAUUUAAUGAAAUAAUUAGCAAAAAAAGUUUCCAAUCAGAAAUAUAUGGCCAAAUACAAAUAUCAAGUUAGGGGAAGUAAUCCAGAUGUAAUAAAUUUAAAUAUUCAAAUUCAAUUAGUUAUUUUAAAUCAUGUUC